AUGAGCAACACGGACGUCCUGAAGUAUUGGAAGUUGGGACGCAUCAACAUGAAUCCAAAAGCGAACCCAUGGGCCCGUCAGUUCUUCAAGGAUCUCCAGGACCUGGCUGAGGAUGAGGAGAUGCUGGGCGAGCCGAUGGACGUGGGCACGCCGCAGGCGACGGGCCGCCGCGCUCGGGAGGAGGGUAUCGACGUCGAGGCAGCCGAGGGCCCGCGGCUGAAGGGAGGACGGGUCAGCCGUCCUCAGCGCCGCCAGCGCAGGCGCAACAAGGAGCAGCCGAAGGCCGUGCAGAUGGCCGACGGAGGGAUGAAGACCAUGAUGCUGGUCAUGCUGAAGCAGCUGAUUAUCAAUGCCAAGCAGCUGCGCGAGAUUCGGGGCCAGUUGUACGAUACGUACCUCGUGGAGGCCAAGGCAAAGCCCGUGGUAUCCAUGCAGCAGGGGGGAGCCGCAUACGCGGCCGCCGUGAAGGAGAAGGGCAAGGGCCACAACCUCGGCCCACCAGCCGCGACCGUCUUCGUAUACCUUUUGAAGGCGCUGAUGGAGCUGGAGGGCAAGAUCAAGAUCGUGCUGGCGACACCCGUGGCCGAGGUGCGCAAGCUGCUGCGCCAGUGCAUGGAGCAGAUCGGAGCGACGACGACCGUCGGCCAGGCUCCCGCGGGGUACCUAGAGGAGGAGCUCGGAGCGUACGUGGACAUGAUCGGCUCGGGGAGCAAGAGGUUGGCGGACUGCAAGAUCUGCAAGACUGUGAACCGGUUCCAGCCGACGCUGUACGCCAGAGAGCGGAGCGACGGGUGCGGCGCCCGUUUGCAGGAGGUCAUUUUGUGGGCAGCCAUCGCGGCCAAAAACGGCAUGACCUUCGGCGGCCUGAUCUCGAAAGGGAUAUGCUCCGAGUCGCACGGCGCGGACAUCUUCGUCGCCGCGACCGCGCUGCUGGGGUUGAGCGCGCCGGAGGACCUGUUCGUCGAUGACCCCCCGGAGUUCGAGCUCCAGUACAAGGGGCUGAACGACUUCCACAGGAGGUUCAGAGAGGGCGACGUGAGGAAGGAGGACUACGACCUCUACCCUGGAGCAAACGUGGUCGUGUGGGAGAGGUGCCUCGCCUGCGCCCUCAACGACGACAAGUACGACCUGUCGAGCUUUCUGACCCCCCAGUUCAUGCUGCUGCUGCGAGGCUCGACCACCCUCCUCAGCAGGCAGCCCGCCUGGGUGUCGACCGCCCGCCUGGAGGAGCGCCCCGUGGUCGCCCUGCAUCUGCGGCGCGGCGACGUCACGCCUGGAGACGACCUCGUCAACCUCAGCCGCAGCGGGGUGCAGCAGAGCAGGCUGACCCCCGACUCCUGGUACUUCGGGGUGGUGGAGCACAUCCGCAGCGUGCUGCCGCACGCCGAGGUGCACGUCUUCAGCUCCACCGAGGACACCUACGACCCCGAGGAGUUCAACGGCUACAGGCGGAGGGGUAUGCACGUGCACCUCGACGGCGACAUCUUGGACCCGUGGGCCACGAUGGCCCAGGCGCAGGUCCUUGUCAUGGCCAAGAGCAGCUUCUCGCACGUGCCCGCCAUCCUGAACACGCAUUGUGUCGUCUACCAGCCCUACUGGCACAAGCCGCUCGCCAACUGGAUCGUGGCGCUUGGCGAGGAGGACGAGGCCGCGGCGCCGCCCUUGGAGGGCGCCGCGGGAGAGGCCGCGGCCGCACACGGCGGCGCCGCGGCGCCGGCGCGCCCAGCGUUCGACGCCGCGGCGCUGCGCGCCUGCCUCGCCGAGCGCGGCGGCUGAGGCGCCGCCGCCGCGGCCACAGGACGUCAGCCUCCCGCCCCCUGCCGCUCUCUCCCAGACCAGGGCGCGCUCCGCCUCGACGCGUGGCCGCCGGCGUCGUCGCCACACGGCCGUCGCCAUGGCCAUGUGGCCGCCUCCGCCGUUGCUCCCCCCGCCGCUCUGCCUCGCCCCGCCCGCCCGCAGCGCGCACGCGUGGCGCCGACGUCGCUCUCUCUCGCGCGGUGUCGUGUCCCACCGCUCUGCGCGCGCGGCCGAGUGCGCCCC